GUCUCAGCAGGUGGAUCACGCGCUGGCGCUACUCCACUACUCCACAACUCCACUCUGCACUAAUGCUUCAGCUACACUAAUGCUUUAGGCUUAAAGUUCUCCACAAACAUUGAUCAGAUUGGAAGUGAUACGGAAGUGCAGGAUUCUUCUGCACCACAGGAGGUUGUGACGGGACAUGGAACGCUGGAGGGGUAGAGUGGCCCUAGUGACCGGGGCCUCAGUCGGGAUAGGAGCUGAGGUUGUCAAGGAGCUGGUACGGCAUGGCAUGAAGGUGGUGGGUUGUGCCAGAGACGUGGAAAAAAUAAAGAAACUGUCAGAGGAGUGCCAGGCUGCAGGCCACAGUGGUGUGUUGGUGCCUUACAAGUGUGACCUGACCAACGAAGAGGAGAUCUUGUCAAUGUUCAGUGACAUUAAAUCUCAGCAUCAGGGUGUGGACGUGUGCAUCAACAAUGCAGGUUUGGCUCACCCAGAGCCACUUUUAAGCGGAAAAACAAGCGGCUGGAAGAACAUGUUAGAUGUGAAUGUCAUUGCCUUAAGUGUGUGCACCCGUGAAGCCUAUCAGUCAAUGAAGGAGAGAAAUGUGGAUGAUGGACAUAUUAUAAACAUUAACAGCAUGAGUGGACAUCGUGUGGUGCACAAUUCAGUUACUCAUUUCUACAGUGCCACUAAGUUUGCUGUGACGGCUCUCACUGAAGCGCUGAGACUGGAACUACGAGAGGCCAAAACACACAUCAGAGCCACUUCUAUAUCUCCAGGUGUUGUGGAGACUGAGUUUGCCUUACGGCUUUUCUCACAGAAUCCGGAAAAAGUUGCAACAGCCUACAAACAGUUUAAGUGUAUUGAGGCUGUAGACAUUGCCCAUGCUGUGAUCUAUGCCCUAAGUGCACCUCCCCAUGUGCAGAUUGGAGACAUUCAGAUCCGCCCUGUGGAGCAACUGGCUUAAAAUUGUCCCAAGUUAUUGAUAAAAGCCCAAUCUCUCAGUUGUCCAUUUAUCCACUGGAACUCUAAACACUGAUUAAUAAACGUGUUUUCUCUUAUCAUAAACAUGUGUGUUACACUAAAGAGAGACGAUUUAUUCUGUGAGGAAAAAAGUACACUGACAAAUGUAUUAGUGCUGUUGUCCAGUCGGUCAACUGUUUAUAACACAAAGUAUCCACUAGAUGACGCUGUUGUAUUAACUUUAAACUGUUUUAAAAUGCUUUUUCCAAUACUGUGCAUAAUAAAAAGACUAUAUUUCCACACAG